CGAUAAAACUUGCCGUCCCUCUGGUUAUUGUCCAAAUAAAUGAUUUCAAACUAAAGGGUGUUAGCAAUUUGAAGAAUAUAACUUAUUUUCAACUUAAUUCGAUUCUUUAAUAUCAUCAAUCGGACAUGGAGCAAGCUGGUCAAAAUCCUCCUCCUUAUUCAAACCCACCUGGUCAACCAUAUCCGGGCCAACAUCAAUAUCCAGCACAACAAGCAUAUCCAGACAAACAGUAUGGAGGUCAGCAACAAUAUGGAGGUCAACAACAAUAUGGCGGGCAACAACAAUAUGGAGGUCAACAACCUGGUGGUGCGGUCAUGCAAAGUUCAUCAACCGUGGUAGUGACCCAGCCAGGCCCGGCGGUGGUGACCACGGUCCGACCCCCGGACUACAUGGUUGCGUCAAUCAUGACAUGUCUCUUCUGUUUCUGGCCGACAGGACUAGUUGCCAUCUACUUCUCAAUACAGUCGCAGCAAGCAGCUAACGCCGGCGACAUGGGCACGGCAGCACAGAUGUCCAACAACGCUAGGAACCUUAAUAUUGGCACCUUCGUCGUCGGCUUCAUUUGGAUAGCAAUAGUCAUCAUCGUCGUCGCUGUCGGCGCAGCUAGUGUAACUUACGGAAACUAGACACUUCAAAACGGAUUCACUUGAAAUGAAAUGGACUUUCAUUGAUGCAUAAUAUUUUAUUAUAUUACUUGUAUUUACCCAUGUCAUACAUGUACCGCUUACGUAUUUCACAUCAUCCAAGUAAUAAAUUGACCUUGUAGUCAUA